AAGUGUUCGUGUCCUGUUUUUGUAUAGGUCUCAAUGUAAGCUGGGAGUAAAGUAAAUUAAAAUAAACACACAUUUCAUUUCAUUCAGAGAUCCUCGAAUGCUUAGUUAAUCUCUUUUAAAAUUAACGGUGCCUAUGGAGUAAAUUUCAGCUGCAAAGAAAUCGAAAGAGAUGGAGGAUCAACGGGAGCAGGAGCCAUCUGAUGACAGAAAUGGAAUUAUUUUACCCAGAAACGAACGGCUUCAAAUGGAGCAGAUUCGAGAGCUUGAGAUGGAGCAGCUCGAAGUUGAAGAGGUCGAUUCAGGUCGUGAGUCUUCUUCCAGUGAUGAUUCAAGUCUAGGUGGACGUGGGGAUGGAGGGGCAGGCCGUUAUGGUGGCUUCACAUUCGACACAUCAUUGGCAUCCUUGCACACAUACCUUGGCGAAGUUGAUGAUAUUCAUUGUAGACGAGCAUUUUUGGAUGGCGGUGCUCUUCUUGAUCUGCCAAUGUUUUAUCUGGAGGGAAUUGUAUUGUUCCCAGAAGCUACUCUUCCAUUGAGAGUGAUACAGCCGAGGUUUAAAGCAGCUGUAGAACGGGCUAUGCAGCAGGAAGAAGCCCGAUACACUAUAGGUGUGAUACAUGUUCGAUCUCUGCCCCAAGAUGAAGGCCUUCGGUUCGCUUUAGUUGGGACUACUGCUGAGAUUCGUCAACACCGUCGCUUGGAGGAUGGCUCAGUGAAUGUUGUUACUCGGGGACAGCAACGCUUUCGCUUGCGUCGUUGUUGGACUGAUGUGAAUGGUGCACCAUGUGCACAGGUCCAGAUUAUCCAAGAAGAUACUCCGCUGCAUGUUCCAAAGGAUGCGUUUGGUUCAUUGGCAUCUAAACCUUGCUUUCAAAGUGGGAAGGUACCAUGGUCAAAGCCUUCAAACUCCAAUGAUGGCAGAAGAGAGGACAUUGAAAGUGAUAGUGAUGAGCUGGAGGAUGAAUUAUCAGAUUCAACUGUUGAAAAGGAGCCUUUUGUAAGGAGGUUGCAAAGACAGGUACAAUCAACUGAUAUGGGUGAACAGGGCCAUCCUGGAAUAGGAGAUGAUGAACUUAGCAGUGAUGAAGAGAAUAUGAUUGGUUGGCAGAGGCCAAGAAGAUCCCAUAGAAGGAAUUCUAGAAAUGCUCCACAACAGUCUUUGAGUGAUGGCAUAUCUGACACAAACUGCAAUGAUAGUAAGAGUGAUGAGAAGAGCACGGUUCAGUUGGAAAGAAAACAGUCUUCAAAGGAUGGAGGUUGGGGAGGUGCAGGCAAAGCCUGGGUUGCUGAUGAUUUGAAGUGGAGGUAUAGGGCACCCUGUGCAGCAUGGCCACAAUGGGUGUAUAGAAUGUAUGAUGCAUACAGUCUUGCCCGACGUGCUGCAGAUAUGUGGAGGCAGAUGGUGGAGCUUCCUUCAAUGGAUGAUCUAGUGAAGAAGCCAGACUUAUUAUCAUUUUAUAUUGCUAGUAAAAUACCAGUACCUGAUAGUACAAGGCAAGAGCUUCUGGAAAUUGAUGGUGUUGUGUACAGGUUGCAAAGAGAGAUACAACUUUUGGAAUGUAUUGACCGUGUACGCUGUAAGAUUUGCAUGACUGUCAUAGCCAGACGCCGUAAUAUGCUUGUAAUGUCCACUGAUGGGCCUGUUGGUGCCUAUGUAAAUGCUUAUGGAUUUGUUCAUGAAAUUUUGACUCUCUACAAUACAAAAGGAUUGGCAUUAAGUGGGCAAGCUGAGACUGAGCACAGUUGGUUUCCAGGGUAUGCAUGGACUGUUGCACAUUGUAGUGUCUGUGAUUCACACAUGGGUUGGCUAUUCACUGCAGUUAGGGAAGGUUUGGAGCCAAAGUCAUUUUGGGGAGUCCGGAGGUCGCAGCUGGCAGACAAUACCCAAUGAUUUUUCUUUGUAGAAAACAUUGGAUACUUUUUUAACACUAUUACCCUUAUCUGCUCUAUACAUGUUUUGGCAGGAUUUGUAUUUUAUUGCUGUAAAAACCUAAGCAUGUCAUGGAGCAAUGAUGUUCAAUUUGCAAUGCCAGCACAGGAAAGAUGAGGGCUGAAUCGCUGUCAUCUCUCCUUGCAAUGCACAAAAUCUAAAUUUAUAAAAUUGAUGUUACCGUCUAUUUCAUGUAAA